CCGUAGUUUAAUUGUUAGGGUACAAGCAAACCAACGCGUCCAAAUCCCGCACCAGCUUCCCCUCUUGAAUCAUCACCACUACUACAUCCUCGUUCACUUUCCUCCGAUCAAUGACUCCAAAGGCCAUGUUCCCGAAGCUCCUCCCUUCCGCCGCUGGCCUCGUCCGCCGCAUCUUUCUCUCGUCGCGUCCCCUCUCAUCCUCCUCUGCUGCUUCUCUCGCCACCGCCGAACUUUCCUCGCCUCACACCAAUUCUGUAGACGCCGACGAGGAAGGCAUCAUCACGAUGAAGGGAGUUCGCAUCUCCGGCCGCCCCAUCUACCUCGACAUGCAAGCCACCACCCCCGUAGAUCCCCGCGUCGUCGACGCUAUGCUCCCCUUUUACCUCGCACGCUUCGGAAACCCUCAUUCCCGCACCCACCUCUACGGUUGGGAAUCCGAAGAGGCCGUCGAAUCCGCCCGCACGCAGGUUGCAGCUCUCGUCGGCGCAAACCCUAAGGAGAUUUUCUUCACUUCGGGAGCCACCGAGUCGAACAAUAUUUCCGUCAAGGGCGUCAUGCGUUUCUAUCGCGACAAGAAGAGGCACGUCGUGACCACCCAGACGGAACACAAGUGCGUCCUCGACUCUUGUCGCCACCUACAGCAGGAGGGCUUCGAUGUCACCUACCUCCCCGUUCGUUCUGACGGCCUUGUCGACCUCGAACGCCUUGCCUCAGCCAUCCGACCCGACACCGGGCUCGUCUCUGUCAUGGCAGUCAAUAACGAGAUCGGCGUCGUGCAACCUCUCGAGGAGAUCGGAAAAAUCUGCAAGGAGAAGGGCGUCCCCUUCCACACUGAUGCUGCUCAGGCUCUAGGAAAGAUCCCCAUCGACGUUGAAAGGAUGGGGAUAGGCCUGAUGUCGCUCAGCGGGCACAAGAUUUAUGGUCCAAAGGGUGUUGGCGCACUUUACCUACGCCGUCGCCCGAGGAUCCGGGUUGAACCUCAGAUGAGCGGAGGCGGUCAGGAGCGUGGCAUCCGCAGCGGCACUGUGCCUACGCCGCUUGUUGUCGGUUUUGGCAAGGCCUGCGAGAUUGCCAUGAAGGAGAUGGAGUAUGAUGGCCGUCGGAUUGCGGCUUUGCACGAGAGGCUUCUUAAAGGAAUUAGGGAGAAGCUGGAUCGAGUGGUGGUGAAUGGGAGCAUCGAACAUCGUUAUGCUGGAAAUUUGAACCUGUCAUUUGCUUUUGUUGAAGGUGAGAGCUUGCUUAUGGGACUACAAGCGGUGGCUGUUUCUAGCGGGAGCGCAUGCACUAGCGCCAGUCUCGAGCCUUCUUAUGUGCUAAGAGCGCUUGGAGUAGACGAGGACAUGGCUCACACUUCGAUAAGAUUUGGGAUUGGUAGGUUUACCACUGAAGCAGAGAUCGAUCAUACCAUAAAGUUUAUAGUUCAUACAGUUAAAAAACUGAGAGAUAUGAGCCCUCUUUAUGAGUUGGAUAAGGAAGGGGUUGAUAUCCAAAAAAUAAAGUGGUCACAACAUUGAGAUUUACUUGAUCGGUGUGGGUACUGUGAUAUAAGAGAACACAUGGCUUUAGGAGAAUUGGAAUAAUGAGUAAAGAGGAUGAUGAAGAGCAGACAGACUGGUCUAUAUGGAAAGGAGGGCUUUGCUCUCUGUAAGCUUUUUUGUGAUGCACAUCUUUUAAUAACUCUCUUAUGCUGAAUUUUGUGAAUAGGACAAUGCACAAUAUGUAUUGAUUUCUUAGAUUUUUCUGUUGGAAUGUGCAUACAAAAUAUGUAUUGGUCUUGUUCAAUUAGUUUUUGUUUUGCUGUAUGUGACUAUAACCACUGGCGACUUUAGUUCUUAUCGGCACUAUAAAUAAAGGGAUCACGGCUUUAUAUUUUCUAA